GACUUAAAUUUUGUCAAAUGAAAGGAAGGUGAAGGUGGGAAGUAACCUUCAGCUAUUCAUUACCUGUCUCUCCUGGUCACGGUAUUGUGAGCUGACUGGUGCCCAUGGUCAGUACUUGUUACAUUAAUUAACUUUUUUUGUGUUGUUUCCCAACAUCACAAUGUACCAAAACGCUUUGAGACUUCAACCUAUAUCCAAAUUCGGUUUCAGUAUCAAUCUUUAAGCAAUGGCAAGAUUUCUGGUUACUUUUUCUUGAUAAUUAUUUCUUGUUUCUCGAAUUGUCUUUGUAAUUAACUCGUUUUGGUCGAUGGGACAAUUACCAGAGAAUAAUUAGUUGACGCAUGAAAGAAAAUGAUUGGGUCAUUCCACCCUUAACUCGCCUCUAUGGUGUGGUUCACAAUUCUAAUUGGUUUUGUGCCAUGUGGCGUGGUUUCUAUUAUUUAUGGCCAGUUUUAAAAACCUCGACUUUUAACCACUAAAGGGGAUUUUCAUCACGGCGUCCCGCUGAUCAGGAUAUCAAAACCAGUCGGUAAGUUUUAGUACAGACCUCAUCACGUAACGUAAUGUUAACAAAAGUAUAUUGCUUAAACACUGAGACAAAAUUGUACACAUGUAAGCUACAUCAGUAUGACAAAAUGUGAUAAAAACCACUUUAAAUACGAGCAGUAGACGACGAAAAAAGUUGGAAUAAACGGUUGAAAUUGUAAGUUAUAGUUUUAGGGGACAUGAAAUGGCACGCAGUACAUUUUCUGAUAUUAGUCAAGUUAACGUUGACAGUGGUUGUAGACAAUUUUUGAUACAAAAUCAAGUCAUGAACGAAUAAGUUCUGAGUUUAAAAUACACUUAUUUGAAUCAAUCAUCUACUGGAUUGGUGUUUGUACAUGUGUUUAACCCUUCCUUUUGUAGCCAUUGAUUCGAUUUCUAAAUAUGUUUUAAGUUUUGACUGUUAUUCUAAUUUGAUUCCCUUCCAAGCAAGAAAAGAGUUCUUACCGAAAUUUCGAGUCUAACUCCCUCUUUCCUUGGAGCAGUUUUAAGUUCAUCCUUUUUCACUGGUAUCCAGUGUCAAGGAAAUAGAUCAAUUUUUUCAAUAGUGUCAGUUUUCAACUAGGCAUUGCUUUCUUUUGUCAGCUUUCAACAGAAAACCCGCUGUAGUAAGCAAUAUCAGUUAACCUAUGGUAUUGUGCCAUGUCUUGUAUUUCUGCCACCUUAGAAAAAAAGCUGUGAGACAAGAGGAACAAGAUGUUGAGAAAAGCGAUCAUUGUACAGGCUCUGGUAUUAACAUUGCAGAUAUUUCUGCCUUGCAUUGUGCACGGAUCACGGUCUUACGGAUGCAUGGAAGGACGUUGUGCCAUGGACAAUUGCCGAAAUGCGCCGGGAAAUCGACAGUCCACUUACUGUUAUAUAGCAGCUGAUUCGGCCGGGAAUUAUCUCCGAUGUGGUGGAAGGGAGGACUGCAGAGGAGCAGCUCAAAGCUGGGGAAAUUGCAAGGCGUUCUCGUGUUUUAGUAAUCGCGCUCCUAGUCCGUACAGAAGUCGCAGCAAAACGUGUGAGAGCAUGAACAGAAAGAAGGUCGGUGAGUUGCAGGAAGAGUGCAGAUCCUUCAGUUUUGAAAAAUGGACAAGAGACUACGACAAACCUGGUAAAAUAGUGAAAAAGUUCGAGCCCUGCGUAGGUUCUCUCAUCGAGGACGAAGCAAAGAAAGUCAUCAAGUACUGCUUCUGUUACAACUCCUGUGGGAAAAGUCAAGCGGAAAGUGACGCCUGUACAUUUACAGGAUUAGAUCGAAGAUUAGACUUUGAAGCCAACACAGCGUCGACUUACGAGGCAAUAUGCAAGAUAGAUUGCGAACCCACCGACAAGUAUAAAUUCUUGGCGAGACUUAAACACAACAAGCCAAAUAAAGCUAGUCUAAAAGUAACAAUCACCAAGGGAACGUCAUCGUCCAGGACUACAUCAUCUGGAGGAAGUACCAGCUUUACUGUGUCCGCUGAACUGGGCGCCUCCAUACUUAAAAUAUUUUCAGCGAAACUUGGCCUCUCAGCGACCACGGGAUUCGACUGGAGCAGCAGCUCCAGCUCCACCAGUGUUGAGGAAGUGAAGCAUGAAGUCAGCGUGGAGGUGAAUCCCGGCGACGAAGUACUUGUGUACCAGGUUGUUGGCGAGUGUGAGAAUUCUGAUGGUACCAAGUACACUCUCAAGACAGGAAGAUACGAGACCAAAGGCAAAAGUGGCGAAACACUGGGAACUUCUGAGAUACCUCCUGAGGAAGGAUCUAAAUGGGUAUAAAUUCUAUUAAUAAGAAUUUUCUGCAAUACCACACUUGGUAUCAUAUACCAUGAGAUACAUAUAAAAUGGAAUGAUUUUCAUGGCUAAUGGUCAUUAAAAUACUUCAAUGAAACUAA